GAGAAAGAGAUACAGAGAAAGAGAGAGAGGACUUAUCGAUAGUGAAACCAUGCCAAGUUGUGUCCACAUUGCCCCUCCCAUCUGUAAAGGACAGAAGACCGGUGGAAGAUUUACAAAUGAUGCUAAGAGUGGAGGGCACACGGACUGUGCUUGAGCUCGUGAAAGUGAAUGUUUCACGCAUUACAGCAACACUGCACGCAAAUGGGACACAUGGCAAUGGAGUAAUGAUGUUUGGAGCGGAUGUUUGAUAACCUUAUGGAUUUAAAACAGUAACUGCUCUCGCCAUUCAUUGUAUUAGGGCAAAGGAAAUCUGUAUAAUUAAUCAAGCGUUGCCGAGAAAAUGUGGAGACUUACGAAUAUGUUAACUUGCCUUCUGGUCUUGUGUAAGGAUAUCAAUGCGCAGAGCAAGAUCUUCGGGGAGACGGAGCCGGUGAGGAUGACGUCGGAGGGCUCCGACUGCCGCUGCAAGUGCGUGAUGCGGCCGCUCAGCCGGGACGCGUGCGCCCACCUGCGCAGCGGCAGCGCCCGCCCGGAGGACUUCUACACGGUGGAGACGGUCAGCUCCGGCUCCGACUGCAAGUGCUCGUGCACGGCCCCGCCCUCCUCCCUCAACCCCUGCGAGAAUGAGUGGAAAAUGGAGAGGCUGAAGAAGCAGGCCCCCGAGCUGCUGAAGUUGCAAUCAAUGGUGGACCUACUGGAGGGAACCCUGUUCAGUAUGGAUAUGAUGAAGGUCCACUCCUACAUCAACAAGGUCGUCUCCCAGAUGAACACCCUGGAGGAGACUAUCAAGACCAACCUCACACGGGAUAAUGAGUUUGUGAGGGACAGCAUGACCACACUGACCAAUCAGUUCAAGAGAUACGAGAACUACUCCAACGUCAUGCUGACCAUAAAGAAAGAGAUAUCCAGCCUUAGUGCGCAGCUGCUUCAGAAAGGCACCACGGAAAACAAAGCUCAGAACACCAAUGAUGAGAAAACCAAGGAUGCCGUGAAAUCUCCCAACAAAAAAACCCCCGCGUCCAAACCCCCACCCAAGACGCCCAAGGAGAAGGUCAUCAAGCCCAAGAAAGAGAACGUGAAGCCGGGGAAGGCCGCCAAGCCCGACCCCACAGCCAAGGCCAAGGUGGCCGGGCAGCCCGGGGUGGUGAGGGGCAUCACGUACUACAAAGCUGCCAAGGUGGACGGGGACGGCCAUGGCACGGGCGGUAAAGACCACAGUGCCAAAGCACACACUCAGCAUGUUAUAGAGAGCCACUCUGAGGACGGCGACUCGGAGAUCGUGCUGGAGAGCGCUCAAGCCGCAGCGGGUGAGACCACAACCGUGGCGGCUGCCAGCACCACCACCACCACAACAACAACAACAACAACAGCAGCAACAACAACCACCAUAGCCCCGCCCCCGCCCAUGGCUCCCACCAGCAGCAGUAGCACCGUCGGAGCAGACAGACCAGCCCCCACCAUCGUGCUCAUGCUGGACAACUCUGACAACAACAGCAGGCCUCUUCUACAUCGGGCAGGGAAGAUCCUGGACUGUGAGGGGACCCUGGCGUCUAUCGCCCCCCCGGAGAAGCAGCACAGCUAUGGGAGGAACGAGGGGGCCUGGAUGAAGGACCCCCUAGCUAAGGACUCCAAGAUCUACGUCACCAACUACUACUACGGCAACAACCUGGUGGAGUUCCGAAACCUGGAUAACUUCAAACAGGGUCGCUGGAGCAACCUCUUCAAGCUGCCCUACAAUUGGAUCGGCACGGGCCACGUGGUGUACAACGGCGCCUUCUACUACAACCGGGCGUUCACCAAGAACAUCAUCAAGUACGACCUGCGGAUGCGCUACGUAGCCGCCUGGACCCUCCUCCACGACGUGGUGUACGAGGACACCACCCCCUGGAAGUGGAGGGGACACUCGGACAUCGACUUUGCCGUGGACGAGAGCGGCCUGUGGGUGAUCUACCCGGCCACGGACUACGAUUACUCCCAGCAGGAAGUGAUCAUCAUCAGCAAACUGGACCCCGGGGACCUGUCGGUGAAGAAGGAGACCACCUGGAGGACGGGGCUGAAGAGGAACUCGUACGGGAACUGCUUCAUCAUCUGCGGAGUGCUGUACGCCGUGGACGUGUACAACCAGAAGGAGGGCGAGGUCAACUACGCCUACGACACCCACACCAACACCGAGGCCGUGCCACGCCUGCCCUUCACCAACGAGUACGCCUUCACCACCCAGAUCGACUACAACCCCAAGGAGAAGGUCCUGUACGCCUGGGACAACGGCCACCAGCUCACCUACAACAUAGACUUUGUUGACCAAUGAGCACAGACAUUUGUGUUCGGGAUUUGCCAAUAGGACAUCGGUGCGGCCGGGUAGCUAUGACAACCGAUACGAUGCUCGAUAAUUGACAGUCCAGCAGCAGGCCAUUUUGGAUUGAAUUCGAAGAACAUUACUUCAGCAACUUUUGAUGCAUGCUAUCGGGAUACACAGCAAAAUACGACACAGACUACACAUACUGCCCCAGCAGUGCAACUCAUCAAUGUUGGGAUCUGACUAUGUCAUGACUGAUAUUUUGUUUUACCAAUUAUACAUCAUUUCAAUUGUCCAUCAACUCCUACCACCAAGCACUUUUAUCAUUAAGUAGUGCAAACGUUCACAUUUGUCAUAGUGAAGAUGAAAAAUGCUUUGAAUAUAUAUAUAUAAACUCACAAAACUCAUGUUUUUGUAGACAAGUCUUUACUUAAGAUUUUGUAUGUCAUUUGCCUUGUCUAUAGGUUAUUGCUUUUUUGCCUUUAUCAUACAUUUCCAUGUUUGUAUUUGUUAGUUAAAAAAUGGUGCCCUUGCUGUUCAUAACACACUAUUACAAUCACUAUUCCGUAAGAUUUUUUUGAAGCUUAUAAACCUGUAAACAUGGACAAUCAAAAUACAUUAAAUAACAUACAGUACACUAGGGACACACAGAUGUUGAUUUAAAAAAGCAAGUCUAAAACAUUGCCUGACAUUUUAAAGAAGAUAAAUGGAUACGAAAUUCAUGAAUAUGAUUGUGGAGUGGGCAGUAAUAGUUAUCAGUCAAUAGCUUAUAAAAACCACUAAUUCAAAUGACCUCUAACAUAAAUACUUAAAGAGUUAGCUACAGAGAAGUUUUCUUGAUUUAGACUUAAUUUGAAACAAACACUCUUAACGCCUAUUGCCUGUUCUAGGUUUUUCUUCUUGAGGAUUUUGACUUUAGUGCACUCGGGAAGUGCAGCAUAGUAAUGUGUUCAUUUACAAUGAUAAGUGGCAUUGUUUACUAAACUCUUUUUACAGGGAUAAUUCUAUCUGGAAAUAUUAUAUGACACUAAACAUAUUGUGUAUGUGCUAUAGGUGAAAUAAAAAUACAUUUUUACAGUAA